AUGCGGUCGGCUCUUGUGGCCUCGGUCCUCUUCCUGGCCGCCCAUUUGCCUACGACAGCUGCCUAUGACGAAGUUUACAACGGAUGUUACUCCAGCUCAGAACCCCUAGUCGACCAAGGAAGCUAUACAUAUCAAAGUAACGGAUACUGCCAGAAGCAGUGCUUGAAGGAAAACUACGCUGUGUUUGCGCUUCACAACAAACAAGACUGUUUCUGCGGCAAUAAACUACCGGCUUCGUCGGACAAAGUGUCAGAUGAUAAAUGUAAUCUGUCGUGCGCUGGCUGGCCCACGGUCAUGUGUGGUGGUGCAAGCACAUACUCGGUUUAUCUCACAGGUAUCGAGGAUGACGUCGAGAACUAUUCUUCCUCGAGCACCUCAUCCAGCAAAGGCACCGAGGGAACGUCGACCUCGACAACACAAACACCCACAGUCCAUGCCGUUACCAGUGGCGGACAGACGGUCUAUGUAACAGAAGCUGCUGCCACCCACGCCGCCCCCAGCGCUACCGAAUCAGCCAAGGCGAAGAGCUCGAGUGCGAACACUGCGGCGAUUGCGGCCGGUGUGGUGAUCGGAGUCGUCGGACUUUGUGCACUCAUUGGUGCUGGUUUCUUCCUGUGGCGGUUCAAGAAUCGUAAGUCGGUAGACGCGCAAUAUCGUCGUAGCGUUGGCGUGGACGGUUAUGGACAACCUAUGGCACAGGGUAGCGACUCUCGAUUCGAUGGCGACUUCAUGGCUCAGAAACGGCAAAGCAAUGGCAGUAUUGACGACGACCAAGACUUUUCGCGUCGCAUUCUGCAGGUGACCAACCCCGACCGUCGUUAA